UUCUACCACAACUUCACCCGCGACCAGCUUGGAAAUUGUGAGUAAGGCCACUGCAACUCCCAGAGAGAGACAUCAUCUGCCUUCUUGCUGGAUGGGAACAUGAUUGCGGGACCAAUGACAUACAAGCUGGCCAAAGUUCACUUCAACAACUCCUCAGACAUCUUCCGUGACUCAAGAAUUGCUCUGCGCACACGACCAUCCUGCUUAACGCGCUCGCAGCACCCUGCAGACUACUGAGCCUCCUUGGGAGACCAGACGACAUAAGGAGAAAUACCAAACACCACCGACCAUGGCCUCCGAACACGAUGAUCGUCUGCCCACGCUGCUGUCCUCUCUGCCUGCCUCCUCCUAUUACUUCUCCCUCGAAUUUUUCCCUCCCAAAACGUCCUCUGGCUUCUCCAACUUACAAGCUCGUCUUGCCCGCAUGGCCACGGCGCUGCGCCCUUUGUUUGUUACUGUAACCUGGGGGGCGGGGGGUUCUACAGCUACAAAAUCCCUCGAACUGGCCGAAGUAUGUCAACGACAAGUUGGACUCACGACUGUACUGCAUUUGACCUGCACGAAUAUGAAGAGGUCUAUGAUUGACGAGGCAUUGGAGGGCGCCAAGGAGAUUGGGAUUAGAAACAUUUUGGCCUUGAGAGGAGAUCCACCUCGGGAAGAGUACAAGGAUGCUACGUCCGCAGACGAUAGUGAGAGUGGCAGUGGUGGUUCGGGGACGGAGAGUAACCAAGAGUUUACAUGGGCUGCGGACUUGGUACGAUAUAUCCGGCGAAAACACGGCGGCUAUUUUGCAGUCGGUGUCGCAGGUUAUCCAGAGGGCCAUGCAGAUGAAUCACACCCGGAGCAGGGGAAACAGAGUGUCGAACAUGAUUUACCGUACCUUGCCGAGAAAGUCGCGGCCGGCGCCGAUUUCAUCAUGACCCAGCUCACCUACGAUAUCGAGGCUUACGCCGCGUAUGAGAAGAGGCUGCGGGGGUACACUGAUCCAGACGGGAAGAAGUUGUUCGAAAAGAUCCCCAUCAUUCCUGGCCUGAUGCCCAUCCAAUCCUACCAGAUCAUCAAACGAAUUACCAAGCUUAGCCACGCCAAACUACCCGAGAAAAUCUCCCAGCGGAUCGAACGUGUGAAAUCGGACGAUGAGGCAGUAAAAAGGGUCGGAGUCGACAUCCUUUCAGAGCUGGUUGAAGAAAUGAAGACAUUGCCGCAGCCGGAAGCUCUUCCUAGAGGGUUUCAUUUCUAUACUCUGAAUCUGGAGAAGAGUGUAUCAUUCAUUCUAGAGAGGACAGGGCUGAUUCCCUCGAUCUCGAGUGAGGGGAGUGUUGAAGACAAAGAUGGAGACUCGGCAUCUGAUUCGGAUGUGGUUGUUGUCGACAGCAAGCAAGAUCCUCCGACUAUCGUCACAACUGGGCCUGUGGAUAGCAAAAAUGAAAAGGGCCAGCAACCUUCUGGCUUCAUACGGCGGAGAAGAAGUUCUGUCAAUGCACAGCCUCACAACCGUGUAAUAACAGAUGGGAGGGCCGAACCUCGAACAAAAUCCCGACGACCUGACUCGGACACCGACCCCCCUGGCCGGGGACCCAGUCCCAACCUGAAGCUGACAUCUCAACAUCUAGCAAGAGACCGCGGCACCGGCAUUCCUGCUGCCUCUCCUACCCGGCGGCAUAGCCUGCUCAUAUCUGAAGGACAAGGCUCUUUGGGUCGCGAAGCAACCUGGGACGAUUUUCCUAAUGGCCGUUGGGGACCCUCUCACUCACCUGCUUUUGGGGAGAUUGAUGGCUAUGGACCGAGUCUGAAAGUGAGUCCGCUUAUGGCGAGGAAGUUAUGGGGCUACCCGAGGAGCAGAGAAGACGUCACGGAGUUGUUUAGACGCCAUGUGUUGGGGGAGUUGAUGGCUGUACCAUGGAGUGAUGACAUCGACCCAGAUCUGAUCUCUGCUGGUGGGGCGGCCUCGGACGAUGGCCCCAAGAACUCAAGUGCGCUACGCGCUGAGACGGACGUGAUUCGUGCUGAGCUCCAAUCCCUCAUCAGCAAGCAGAAUUACUGGACCCUUGCCUCGCAACCCGCUGUCGAUGGCGCCCCUUCAUCUGAUCCUAUCUUUGGCUGGGGACCUCCAGGUGAAGGAUUUGUCUUCCAAAAGGCAUUUGUGGAGUUCUUCUGUGGUCGCGACGAGUGGGAGGAGAAGCUGCGGCCACGGCUGAUGAAGUAUGGGAGUGAUGUGCUCGGUUGGAUGAAGACGGACGCCGAGGGAGUCUUUGAAAGCAGUGAACUCGUAGCUCGGGAUCAAGCUCGAAAAAGCAAGCCGUCGUCGACGGAUACCGAGAAGGAGAACACCAAACCAGCCUCUCCUCUGCAACCUGCAGACCAGAAAUUCUCUACUUCGACAUCGACCGCCUCACCCUCGAACACGGUGAACGCAGUGACAUGGGGCGUAUUCCCUUCCCGCGAAAUCUUGACUCCAACCAUCAUUGAGGCCGAAUCCUUUCGAGCCUGGGCACAAGAGGCCUACGCGAUCUGGAACGAAUGGAAGCGUUGCUUCCCCAGAGGAAGCCAAGAGGCUCUGUUUUUGGAGAAGAUGGGAAGAGAGAAUGUGUUGGUCAAUGUCGUGGGGCAGGCGUUUAGAGGGGGUCAUAACGGCGGCAAGGGAGAAGGGGCACGACUAUGGAGGAUAUUGUUGGCUGAAGAGGGGGAUGAGAAGCCAUAGUCUGACAAAAAUGGCUAAGUCAAUACCUAGUGAAGAAAAGGAGCCAGCGAGGAUCCCAUGCGCAAUGGUGGUACUGUUUUGUCCCAGUCAAGACGGAUUCUGGAUUCCACUGCACGGUCUGUAUAUGCUUGGACACACUUAAAGCGGUUGGGUUGAGCCCCUGCUGGCUCCUACAUAGAUGGGACUCUGCAUAUUCAGGAGAAGACCUUAGUCUGUCCAGACCGUCUCCAUCCGUUCCCUGAUGAUGUACGUCCAUGUUUCUGCCAGUUAUGUCCGCACAAUCCGUGCUAUGCGGCCGCCCCGAAAUCCAUCAAUGUGUUGCUGUC